AUAUGAGAUUCACAAUCGUUGCCACAUUAUCGUGGAUACAUUUAUGAGUAUAAAAUGUGAAUCUCUAAUAUUAUUGAGCUGAAAUUGUUAUUUUUUAUUUUUUAAUUUUUUGACUUGUAAACCUAAAAUGUGGUGUUGCUAAAUGAGUGGUCCCAAGACUCUUAAAUUUUAGAACCGGUUUUAGAAAUGGCUUUUUUAGUGAUUUCUUAUUAAAAUAUAAGAUAAAAAAUUAAUAAAUUUGAAUUUUUUUUAAUUUUUUUACAAAAAAGAAUAUACAAAAUGUUAAGUGAAUAAAAAAGAAUUUUUAACUUUUUUAUAUGAAUUAAUUUUUUUAAUAUUUUAACUAAAAUCCUUAAUUGCCAAACAACCCCUUAAUUUGAGUCUCCCCUUAUUGUCACUCUUUUCUCUGUGGUUGGAAGCGCACUUGGUUACUCUCCUCUAUUAUUUGUCAAGCAGGCUUCCUCCCUUUCCUUCUUUACAAGUCCCUCUCUCUCUCUCUCUCUCUCUCUCUCUCUCUCUGUUUCAAGUUAAUUUGCUUCCAGGGAAACAAUGCCUAUAGGCGAAAUCUUUCUUGCUGCUUUCAUUAAGGUGUUGUUUGAGAAGUUGGCCUCAACUGAACUACUAAAGUUUGCUCGUCGGGAGCAAGUUCAUACUCACAUCAAGAGAUGGAGUGGAGAAUUAGCUAAAAUUCAAGCAUUCUUGGCUGAUGCGGAGGGGAAACAAAUAGAAAAUAGAGCUGUGAAAAUGUGGCUGGAGGAACUCACAGACUUGGCUUAUGAUCUGGAUGACAUACUGGAUGAAUUUGCCACUGAAGCUUUGCGGCGUAAGUUAACAUCAGAGUCUCAAGCAGCUAGCACCAGCAGGAGCAAGCUACGGGCCAUGAUACCUACAUGUUGUAAAGGACUCAAUCCAACAACUUUUUUGUCUGAUUUUACGAGGAGUUCUACUUCCAAGAUAGAGGAAAUCACAACCAAAUUGAAAAAUAUUCUUGAAAGCGGAAGUGGGCUUGGUUUACAACAGAUUGUUGCAGGAGAAUCUGCUAAAGCUUGGCACAGACCACCCUCCACGUCCUUGAUACAUGAACCUCGCAUAUGUGGCAGGGAUAAGGAAAAAAAGGAGAUAAUUGAUUUUCUCCUAAGCAAUGAGUCAAGUGAUAGCAAAGUCAGCGUAAUUCCCAUUGUAGGUAUGGGUGGGCUUGGCAAGACCACCCUUGCACAAAUGGUAUACAACGAUGAAGUAGUGAACAAGAAUUUUGAUUCGAAAGCAUGGGUCUGUGUUUCUGAUGAGUUUGAUAUUUUGAGAAUCUCAAAAGUAAUUCUUGAGUCUAUUACUUCCAAGUCUUGUGAAUUUAAAGAAUUGAAUCAAGUUCAAGUUCAGCUAAAGCAAAAUUUGGUUGGAAAAAAGAUUUUAAUUGUUUUAGAUGACGUAUGGGACAAGAAAUACAAUGAUUGGAAUGUUUUGAAGAGCCCCAUUAAUGAUGGAGCCCCAGGAAGUAAGAUAAUUGUAACAACCCGUGACAGAGAUGUUGCAUCGAUUAUGGGAACCAUUCCAAACCAUUUAUUGCAGCGUCUAUUGGAUGAUGAUUGUUGGUCAGUGUUUGAACAACAUGCCUUUGGGAAUAGAAGCUUGGAUGCAAAUCCAAAUUUGGUGUUUAUUGGUAGGAAAAUUGUAGGAAAAUGUAAAGGUUUGCCUUUGGCUGCUAGGACACUCGGUGGCCUUUUACGGUGCAAAGAAAGAGGCGAUGAGUGGGAAAUUGUAUUGAAUAGUAAAAUAUGGGAUUUAACUGAACAAGGCAGUGAAAUCCUCCCAGCUUUGAGAUUAAGCUACCAUCAUCUCCCUUCACAUUUGAAGCAGUGCUUUGCAUAUUGCUCUAUACUGCCAAAGGACUAUGAAUUUGAGGAGAUGGAGUUAGUCUUCUUGUGGAUGGCAGAAGGCCUUCUUCAGCAACAAAAUG